AAGAAAGAAAAAAAGAAAAUACCAUAACAAUGGACCCUCCACACGAAAAGAGCUGGAGCAUCCAUACCCGAAAAGAAAUCACAACUAAAUACGAAAUCUUCAACCGAAUCGGCGCCGGCGCAUAUUCCGACGUCUACAAAGCUCGCCGGAGAUCCGACUCCGUUAUCGUCGCCCUCAAAGAAAUCCACGAUUACCAAUCAGCUUGUCGAGAAAUCGAAGCCUUACAAAUCCUUCAGCACUGUCCAAACGUUGUCGUUUUAUACGAGUAUUUUUGGAGAGAAGAUGAAGAUGCUGUACUCGUAUUGGAAUAUUUGCCUACGGAUUUGAGCUCUCUUAUAAAAGAAGCGAAGAAUUGGGAAAAUGGAUUGGGCCUUGGGGAGAUUAAAAAGUGGAUGGUCCAGAUCUUAUGUGGAGUUGAUGCCUGUCAUAGGAAUUCGAUUGUACAUAGAGAUUUGAAGCCUGAAAAUUUGUUGAUUUCUGAUAAUGGAGUCCUCAAGUUAGCUGAUUUUGGCCAGGCUAGGAUACUACUGGCCCCCGGGUUUGUAGCUGCUAAUGACAAUCAACAGCCAUACGUACAGAGCAAUCCCGAUCAGGCAACUGUGGCUGGUCCAUCACAUUUCAAGCACAUAUCAGAUGUGUCUUCUGAAGGAGGUCUAUUUAUUGAAGAGCCAGGGUCUGUUGUUCAACCUGAACGCCUUGGAGAGUCGGAUGAGCUGAGAUCCAGGUUCUUGGAUGACAUUGAUAAAGAUAGUAAUAUUCAAGAUGGAGACACUUCCUGUCUAGCUACAGGCACCAUGAGUAAUGUUGAGGAAGAUCUCUUACCAGGCACAUAUUCCUACGAUGUUGAAGAUGAUGAACAUGAUUGUUUUCCUCCCCUUACCUCCUGCGUCGGAACUCGUUGGUAUAAGGCACCUGAGCUACUUUACGGAUCCACAAAUUAUGGACCAGAGAUUGAUUUGUGGUCACUAGGUUGUAUUUUUGCGGAGGUUUUGCGUCUGGAACCACUUUUUCCUGGAAGUUCAGACAUUGAUCAACUCGGCAGAAUAUUUAGCGUUCUUGGAAACUUAUCUGAAGAAGUUUGGCCUGGUUGCGCAAAUCUUCCUGAUUACAAAAUAAUUUCAUUUGGUAAAGUGGAUAAUCCAAUUGGCUUAGAAGCAUGUCUAUCCAACAGGUCAACUGACGAAAUUCUGCUCGUAAAAAAGUUGCUAUGUUUUGACCCGGCUGGUAGAGCUACGGCAAUGGAAUUACUACAUGACAAGUAUCUGAAUGAAGAUCCUUUGCCUGUCCCAUCGUCUGAACUGAGGAUUCCCUCCAAACAUAGUGGCGCAGAUGAAGAUUCACCUGAUGAAUUAGGUGAUUAUAGGGAUUUUAACUCUGACUCAGACUUUGAUGAUUUUGGCCCAGUGAAAGUAUCAACCACUGAUUAUGGUUUCUCAAUUAAGUUUACUUGAGCACCCGGGUGUAUAAUUUUGUUCUUAAUUUACUUCCAUUUUCCCCCAAAAUUUUGUGACUGAGCUAUCCUCACAUUGGUAGAAGUAAUUCCUCUCAGAGUGAUAGAGAUUCUCGUUGGCCAUGUGAUAUUCAAGUAUCAUCUUUGCUGCAAACUUUGUAAUGUUGCAGCACUUCAUAUAUUUUGUUGUAGGGGAUUCUCAAAGUUUUGUAAGUUGUAACAAUUGUGGCUUCCUCUGUUGGAAUAACAAUUAAGAAACUGAGCCAUAUACGUAAGCGGCAAGUCUAUAUUAUUUGUAUUGUUUUUUGUACUGAAGGAGACUUCUUGUAUUGUGCUACAAUCUACUUAAAUGAAGAAUUGGAUCCCAUCUGUUUCA